AUGGUCAAACAUGGUAUUAUCGGACUGUUGUCUCGUAACGUUCUGCAAUAUUAUAUCCACACACAUCUGCUGCACUCUCCGACCGGCGGUGCACUCUCGGACUUGCAUCAGAACUGGCACCACAGCAUCAAGAUCCCCUACUCCUUUGCCGCAAACUACGACCACCCCAUCUGCCACCUCCUGCAUCGCUUCCUACCUCUAUACCUUCCAGCAAUUGCUCUACGGAUGCAUAUCCUCACUUACUUGAUCCUGAUCGCUAUCUUCAGUCUAGAAGAGACCUUCGUGUACUCUGGGUACAAUGUCCUACCCUCAACCAUCAUGCUGCGAGGCAUGGCACGACGCGCCGAUGCGCACAUGAUGAGUGAAGGAGAGGGUAAUUACGGAUGCAUGGGUGUUUUGGACUGGUGCCACGGGACAACAAUUGGUAAAGAUGUCGUCGAGGACCUGAAAGCGGAGAUGGAGAAGCACAACGUGGAGGAGAAGGCGGGGAAAGCUAUAGAUGGCGCGGGGGAAGCGGCGAACGGACUGGCGGGGAAGUUUGGCAAGGCUAGGAAAGGAAGGGGAAAGAAGUAA